AGGCGACCCGAGGAGCUCUGCCCCGAGCCAGCGGACCCGGGCGCCGGAGAGGUUGGGACUGCGAAGGAUGCGGCCAUAACAGGUGACAUUCCAAUAACGACUAUCCCCCCUGUUGAACCUCACUGUGAUCGCGGUCAAGAGACGGCAGCCGCCCCUGACCCUUCCUCUGUUGAUCCACCCUCAGAGCAAUCGAUUGAUCGUAUUUGUUUGAUGUUUGCUGACGUGACUUCACUGAAAAGCUUUGACUCUCUUACAGGCUGCGGAGAUAUUAUUGCGGACCACGAGGAGGAUGGGGGCGGCGGGAGUGGCGGCUGCGAGAAGAGCACCCCUGGGGCCGGCAAGCUGGGUGCCUCCAAGAAGCACCCCACUAUGGUGGCCUACCAGGGAGGAGGGGAGGAGAUGGCCAGCCCGGACCAGGUGGAUGACACCUACCUGCAGGAGUUCUGGGAUAUGCUGUCGCAGACAGAGGAGACCCAGACAGAAGGAGGAGGAGGAGGGACAAAGAAGCCUGAGGGGUUGAAGGAGAACCGAGGUACUGAGGGGGCCCAGAACAGGGCGGCGGUGAAACGUGGUGGCCUGCACCAGAUCCCCAUUCACCUCAACCACAAAGAGGAGCAGAAGGGCAGGGAGAAGGAGCAUCAGCACGAAGGCGUCCCAAACAGCGACGAGGGCUACUGGGAUUCCACCACCCCAGGUCCCGAGGAAGAUGGUUCCACAAGCAUCCAGAAGGAGACCAUUCCCAGGGACAGCUACAGUGGGGAUGCUCUGUAUGACCUUUACACCGAGCCGGAUGAGAACCCACCAGCGGCGCCUGCGGAUGAAGAGGUCACCUGCGUGCCACGCUCCAAGCCCGUGUCUCCAAUAACAACCACGUGCUCCCUGAAAACACCCUCAAGCACAGUGAAGGACUCCAAGAUACCCAUCAGCAUUAAACACCUUUCGUCGCAUCCUGCCAGCCAUGGAGCAGACGCCAGCAACAGCCAUCACGUCACACACCAUCACCUGGCCAAAAGUGAGAUGCACAGAACAAAAAUCCCCGUCUCUAAAGUCCUGGUACGCCGGGUCAGUAACAGGGGCUUAGCAGGGACAACGGUGAAAGCUGCCACGUACCAGGACAGUGCCAAAAAGUAG